GUUGUUCUGAUGAGAUGAGGUAAUGUGGACGUUGUUUUAGUAGUUGAGAGUAGUGAAGUGGAUGGGAUGGGAUCGGACAAUUGUGGUAGCGGAAGAAGAGUUAAGUAAAGUUAAGUGUCGGAGUGUCGCGUCGCGACGCGAUAUGGGUAGUUGUUGUGUGUCUUUGGCAGACGCUUCUUCUUGGUCGGUGGCGCGAGUUUUGUGCGGCAGUGGCAGUGCGUCCGCCGCCACAGCCGCACGCUCACGCUGCAGCUGUUAAUGUUCGAUAAUCCGCGCGCCGUUCGUCGGCCGCCCGCUAUGCCGCCGACACGACAGUGACAGUGACAGUGAAGCACUAUGUCCCAGUCAUGGUGAAGGCGCUAUUGCUGGGCCUAUUGCUAAUCGCCGCCCUCGCACGCGCCGCACCCCCUACCAAACCACCCUCGGAGGGUGAGGAGGAUCCUGCCGCCCGCAGCGAGCGCUCCGCCAACUUAUCCCACGUUACCGGCACAGCCAGGAAAAUUCAAAUGUUUAUUAAAAACCGACACCUACAGCUUUUACCGGGAGGCACCGUUAAUGGUACUACUGACGACACAAGCCCUUACACAAUAAUGCAGAGAACUACAAUAGGAAUAGGUCAAAUGAAAAUUCAAGGCGUCGCUACAUGUCAGUAUUUAUGUAUGGAUGAAUGUGGGCUGCUAUACGGAUCAAUGAACUUUGGAGAAGAAUGUAUCUUUAACGAAACGAUCGAAGCGACAAAUUACAAUAAGUACUCAUCAAGUAAAUACUCUAAUGAGCGACGAACAUUUUAUUUAGCCCUUAAUCGACGCGGUCAGUCGCGAAAAGUAAUGAUCAAAGCGCGUCAACAAUUAGGAAAACUCUCAUCAUACACUCGUGUACUAACACGUAGCGUAACUCCUGAGCAGCAUCAGCUACGUCACCACCAUCAAUGUCCACCCAGUACAACGCAUCACUCAAAAGUUCCAGAGCAUUUAAAGUGUCGAAAAAAAAAGAAAAAAAAGAAGAAACGACGAAAAAAUAGUGAUAAAAACGAACACGAACUUGAACCAAAAAGACAUAGUAGUAGUCCGGAUAGCCAAACCGGGUCAGUUAAGUGUGAUAUAUACAAGACGAGUAAUAAUACGAGUAGCGCAAACGGUACGCUAGCCGUUUCGCGUGACUAUCUAGAGUGCCAAAGAAGCUUAAGUACCGUUAAAAAAUCAAACAGUGGUAGUGCAAAACAGUUUGCUGCUGAUAAAAAAAAUAAAAACAAUAAUAAAAAGAAAAAGAAGAACAAUAAUAAUAAGCAGAGAAAAAGACUGGAUCAGGUUGUGGAUGUAAUUCAGGAGAAUACGACUACUGGUGCCCCAACUACUACAACGCCUGCCGAAGAAAUGAACGAUGACGACUACACCAUGGAAAGUUCAACCCAUCUUGAUUGGGAUGAUUCCACUGGGCUCCCCGACAUUUCCAAAAAUUUUGCCGAAAGCGAUCAUACGCAAUCAAACUCUGACUGACUAUAGUCCUGUUCACAAUUUUAAAUUGAAUAAUUUAUUUCUGCUAUUUAUUGUUUGUAUUUGUAUAUAGUAAUUCCUAGUAAAUAUACCUCAACUAUAUAAGAAAUUUUCUCUUUCAUCAUAUUAUGUAGAAUAUAUAAAUCGACUAUUUGGAAUAUGAUUAUUGUUAAAUGCAUACAGUAUUUUAGCGAUAAAGUUGGUAAGGAUGUUUUUUUUUUGUAAAAAUAUUUUAUUAGGUAAUGUUUAAAAAUAUUAGCGUAUUUCUUUUAAUGUAAUGUCAAACACCAAAUUAAGAUUACAGUUAAGAAGGCAAAUCUAAAGUAAUUAUUGUUACUUGUCGCUUUUGAAUUGGUAAUAGAUGUAGUACUAAAACCUGUACAAAAAAACACACAUAUUUCAAAUAUUUUGAACAUAUUAACUUAUUAACUAUUUUACCCUGCACACAUAAAGUUAAUAGGAAAAAUAACAA